UUUAAUUUCUAUAUCUAGGUCGUGAUAUAUCAUUGUUCGAAACAGAAUAAUAAUAUAUUUUAGUAUACCACGACAUUACCACGGACUUUUGCUCGUGCCCGAGUUCCAUACGUGCCUAAAUGGCUAAAUCUGUAUAAUCAUCAUUAUUGUAGUGAUGCGUAUCACUCGCCUUUCAACUGCAGCUGCCGUAUUGCAGUAGUGUCGUCUCGCCGACUCGGAACUUACUGUAAGUAACACACGACGCUCGUGCCGACGACGGAUAGGUGAUCAUCAUCGUGUUUUUACUACGCAGUAAAAUAUAAAUCAUAGUCACCGCUUACAUGACGUACACCGCCGAGACCGAGGCGGCCGCCGCGGCCGCGGUGAACCUACUCCGCGACAACGUCCGGUUGUCCGGAACGACGGGCACCGGCGCCGGUGGCCCUUGGUACUAUCCGCCGACCGUGGUCGACGAGGACGGUCGCCUGUGGGGCAGCUGCGCCGACCACAUGGAACGGGUGCUGGAGAACCGGACGGCCAUCCGACAUUACUACCGGUCGCUGCAGCCGGACGCGCCCGCGCCUCCGCUGCUGAGCCGCGCCGGCCACGUGGCCGUCAUCGAGGCGUUCGCGGCAGAUCUGCUGGCGUACUACCGGCCGCUGCUGGCCGCUGUCGACCCGCUGCGCAGCGACUUGGGAGCACAGACCGUCGUCCUGCUGGCCGAGGCCAAUGUCCUGUACAACAUCGUGUUGGCCAUGCGCCCGUGACGACCCGACCACGGCCCCGAUAAGCUCGUGCGAUGAAAAUCCAUCGAUCGGCGAAAAAGGAAAACGGCAGUCUUGUAAUAUAAUAUUUAUUAUAAUAUUUUGUUUUUGUCAAUAAAAUGUUUUAAAUCGUCA